GAGAGAGAGAGAGGAGAGAGAGAGAGAGAGAGAGAGAGAGAGGGAGAUAGAGAGAGAGAGAGAGAGAAAGGGAGAGAGAGAGCAGUAAGAAUAGAGGCGUAGAGGGACCUAGGUGAGGUCAGAAAGAGGAGAGUGAGGGAGAGGAAAGAUACAGGAUUAGGUAAUUGUAGUGAAACAGAGAUUGGAGGCAGUGUGUUUGUGUCUGUACAAAUGAGUGGACUCUGCAUGGGGCCUAGGAGCAUUUAGAUCACGUUUCCCUUUCAGGUGGAGACAACCUGAUACAGGACCUACAAGACUUUACCGUAUCGGUGGAUUUACGGAGUGCUGGAGGAAGGUCCUGAGCCUCAUGUGACGAUCCAUGUGGGAACUGUAGCAGCUACACAGACUCACCCUCCUUCCUACCACACCUCUCUACACAGCGUACAGGUGAGUCUGACUAAAGUCUUUUCCCUUGUAGAAUCAAUAUCUUUGAGCAAAAAUGAGACCUGUUGGAGCUAUAUCAGAGUUUGGUUGCAGUAAUAUGCAUGUAGUUUUAAUGGGCCAAGUUGUGAUUGUAGUGACUGGCUUGGGGGCCAGUCGAUUGUUAUGUGAGGUAAUCAUUUCUCAAUGGUUAACCCAGGUAUUGGAGGUCAUGAUCCCAAUCUGCCCCAUUUGAGUGUUUUCGUAGAAUGGCUGCACUCCUAUAAAGCAAUAUUAUAGACAAUUUCCUUACCUUAAAUGUCAAGGGUAAAAAGAGCCUGAAGUGAAAAUCAGCAAAUAGUUUGUUGCAACAUGAUUGACAUGCACUUUACAUUAAACCAAUUCAUUCACCUUUCCAUUUAGAAAUUAAAUAGUUUUGUCUUUAAUUACAGAGUGGAAAAUGUAGACUUUAUCUCCUAUAUUGUUGUUAGUUGUUUGCUGGGUAACUUUACAAUCUGUAACACCACACCUAAUCUCUGCCCUGUCCAAUGUUCAGGGUGAAGGAGAGGUAAUUGUGGUCACGUGAAGAGCGGGCACUAGACUGAUUGCUAGGCUAACCCUGGCUCAGUUUGUAUUGAUGUGGAUGUGUGUGCUAGGCUAAUUGCUAGGCUAACCAUGUGCUUUGUUUGCAUGGAUGUUAAUGUAUGCUCUGUCAACAGAGACCAAAACAGUUUUUAAUUGACUACUAAAUUAAAAUUGUGAAGCCCCUCACAAUCAAUGCUACUGUAUACUGGUCAAUGGAAACAUCAGUUGGGUAGUAUUGGAGGGGGUUGCUACAUGUAUAUGCACAGACACACAAAUUCAAGAAAACACAACAAUUUGUGCUACCAUGAGAGAGUGGAUGUGUUUUUAAGACAUGCACCAGCUUAAGUUCAUGCCUGCACACAUACACUAAAGGUAGCUUAGAUUCCGGAAACAAUUGUCUGACCUGUGAGUCUACCAGAGGUACGCAAAUAUUAGAGUCACAAAAUACUGGCAGGUGGUAGUGAACAUAAAAACGAAGUGACCAUUAAUAAAUGACCAACAAGGCCUGGGUUAGUGAUAACCAGUUUCUAUAUAAGAUGUCUUCCCAGGGUGGUAUUCACUAUUCAUAGUGCCCCUAGUUGGUAGCGCAUCAUUAGUGUUCAUUAUUCAUGUUGACAGUGCAGACCUCUCGCUGAGAACUGACUGUGUGCCAAUUUAAUGACAGAUACUGGGGAUACUGUGUGUGUGUGUGUGUGUGUGUGUGCAUGCAUGCAUGUUUUGUGCAGCUUGUAUGAGUGUGAAGACAAAAAAGUCAAGAAUACUCUUCCUUAUUUUGAACAUUGUGUAAAAGGCAGCAUUGGAAAAUUGGCUUCAGUCCACAUAUCUUGGCAUCUCUAGAAACACAUAGUGUAAGCGGUUAGUGAUUUUCCUUACAAAAUCAACGUUUCAGCUAAAUUAAAUGUGUAUGAAAAAAAUGCCUUCAUGUUUAUGUGUUUACCUUCCUGUGACUCCUCUCACACGCCUCCACCCCUCCCUUCAGCCAUGGAGGACCAGUUAGAGGAGCUGAGGCAACAGCUGGAGAAACAGACCCUGAUCAACCAGGAGCUGCAGAACCACAACAAGGACCUAGGUACGAUCACGACCAUGACUACCAUGACCGCAAGCAUAACUUAGAUCAAGACCAUGAACAUGAUUGUCUUGACCACAACAAAGACUGCAGCCAUGAAAUCAACCUUGACUUAAAACACAACUAUCCCAACCAAUACCAUGCUCUCCUGUCACCUCUAGAAAGAAGACUGCAGGAGAAGGAGAAGUUGCUGAAGGAGCUACACAGUCAUUACCAUGACCUGGGUAAGGGCAUUUUGUGUCAGAUCACUAACCAUAGAACUUCAUGUAUAUUAACCCUAAUUUCCUGUGUGUGGUGUCUAUAUAUCCCAGAGUUCCCUGCUCAGAUGAGCAGUAAUGAAGGGGAACCGGAGGUCAGGAAGAGCCGAGCGGCUGUCAUGGCCCCUGAGCUAAUCCCAGAGGAGCAGCUGGAGAUCAUGAAGACCAAAGUCAAGAAGACUGUGAGGUGAUUGGCUAGGGCUAUGCAUGCAGCAUAUGUACAAUAUCAUGAGUUAUGUGACAACAGUACUGUAUGGUGGUGUGAUGCCUCCUUCCGCAGUGAGACAAGUCUGAUCAUCAUGGCCAUCCAGAAGAACGACUUCCUGAGUCGCCUUGACGACGAACAGAUCACCAUGAUGGUGGAGCUCCUAGUGGCCAUCGACUUCAAACCAGGAAAUGAUGUCAUCAAGGAGGGCAGUGAGGGAGACAGCAUGUACAUCGUUGCAGGUAUGUGUGAAUUUCCCAACAAACAUUGCUCAGUGUUGCUAUGUCUGCUUAUUAUUCCCAAUUAAACGAUAACCAUCACCCCUCAAUGUCCCCCCUCUCCCCUCCUUCUCUACUUUCAGCGGGUGAGCUCUAUGUCAGUCAAGCAGGUCGUAACCUUCGAACCUUGACCUGUGGGGAUGUCUUUGGAGAGUUGGCUAUUCUGUAUAACUGCAAACGCACCGCCACAGUCAAAGGUGAGAUGCUAUAGAACUUGGCUAUUGAGUGGUACACAAUAACUAACUAUGUGUACCUUCCUAUUGUCUGUACUGUGCGUGUGCGCUGAACUGAAUAUUGCUUGUUGUUAUGAAUGAAUUGUCCGCCUCACUCCCCAUCUUAGCUAAGACAGUGGUGAGUCUGUGGUGUUUGGAGAGACAGACGUACAGAACCAUCAUGACCAACAAGUCCAAGAAGAAACGUGAACAGAUAAUGGGCUUCUUAAAGACGUGAGUUUACACACUUAACCUCAUGACUUACAUACACUCUCUUGGUCACACACCCAUGCACACUGCUAAUUCUGCUCUUAUAUGCUUACCUAUCAGGUCUCAGACUCUGAAGGCCCUGAAUGAUGUUCAGCUCUCUAAGAUCAUUGACUCCAUGGAGGAGGUUUGUGCUCAGCCAUUUUACACACCUCACCCACGCUAGAUCGCUUUUCCAGAGCAUUAACAUACAAAUCCCAUAUAAAAUGUGUUGUUUCUUGAAGGUGAAGUACCAGAACAAUGACGUCAUUGUGCGUGAGGGGGCAGAGGGCAACACGUUCUACAUCAUCCUUAAAGGAGAGGUACAGUAAUGGCGACAUGUUUGGUGGCUACUGUGAUCCAAAACAUACUGUUUCUGUGCACCAUUUGUUUGAUGAUCAUAGUGAACAACAACUAACUACACUAGUGGAGGAUUGGAGUCUACAAUACUCUUACCUGUGCUUACCAACCCAUCUGUUUAUUGCCAGAGUCAACCUUUUGACCCGUCUGUGUCAGUUGAACUUUAUUUGCACAGCUCUUUUUUCAAUGUCAUACUGGUGCUGAAUCGCUUAUCGGAUGGAUCUGGCCUUGAGGACAAAAACGAGUCUGUGUGCGUGUGCGGGUCUGUACGUGUGUGUAUGUGUGUGUGUCUGCCCUCAGGUCCAGGUGACUAAGAAGGUGAACAGCCAGCAGAAACAGAUUCGCAGGAUGGGCAAAGGGGAGCAUUUCGGGGAAUUGGCCCUCAUACGGUACCUAAGGCGAUAAAGAGACUUGCUGUUGUACAAUAAAAUGGCCUUGGUGUACAGUGUUAGUUAGUGUGGCUGCUCAUAUGUGUGGAUCUGUACAUAACCUACAGUGAGAUCCUGAGGACUGCAACCUGCACUGCUCUGGGCCCUGUUACCUGCUUCUCCAUCGAUAAGGAGUGAGUCUGAACAAGUCAAUUUCUAUUUCUUGAUCGGUUAGUUUAUGGAAUGAUUGAUGGUCUGUUAUGUUCCCCCUCCAGGGUAUUUGAGGAGACGAUCCCCAUUGAACACCUGGAGCUCCAUGAUGAGUGAGUAUAAAGACACUCUAGUCCUUUUAGUUCUAUCUUCACCACUCUAGUCAAGCAGUCUAACUGUAGUCUGUGGUCCACCAUCAGCUCUAAGGUUCUGGAGGAGCCAGAUGCUCCAGAGAAGACCAGUCCUAGUUCCUCUCUGAGGCUGAAGGACCUGAUCCCUGUGCUGUACCAGGAGGGGCGCUACCAGGGAGAACCUGUCACCCUCGGAGUGGGAGGAUUUGGUCGCGUUGAACUGGUACAUGUGUUUGGUGUUGUUGUACUGUUUGGCUAUUUAUAGGGAUAGUUAGUGGCUGAAGCUAACUGAUGAAAGUUUACUGUCCCCUUUAAGGUGCUUGAAAGCCAAAUUCAAAGUUAAAUGGCUCUUUUUAGAUCCCAAGUUUAUCAUUGUUUUUGUUGUUGUUGUUGUUGUUUUCCCCAGGUGACCACGCUGCACCAUGGGAAGUACUUUGCCAUGAAGCGGGUCAGUAAGAAGCACAUUGUUGCUAAGCAACAGGAGGAGCAUGUCCUCUUUGAGAAGAGGAUCCUCAAAGCCAUCCAGAGUGACUUCAUCGUCAGGUGACUGUGGGGCUAGGUGGCAGGUGGCCUAGCGGUUAAGAAUGUUGGGCCAGUAACCAAAAGCUUGCUCUUUCGAAUCCCUGAGCCGGCAAGGUGGAAAAAUCUGCCGUUGAGCAAGGCAGUUAACCCCCAACAACAACUGCACCAAUAACAUCAAUUAAGGUAGCCCACAGCACCUCUUUGAUUCAGAAGGGUUGGGUUAAAUGUGGAAGACACAUUUUGGUUGAAUGCAUUCAGUUGUGCAACUGACUAGGUAUUCCCUUAACCUUCAACCAUCAUCAUCUACGAUAGCACUUUAACCCUCUUUGUCCCUUUGUCAAUUGAUGGUAUUCAUUAAGACUGUGGGGCUAGGUGACCCCUGACCUCUAACCUUUAAUGUCCAACCAUCAUCAUCUAAAUUAACACAUUAACCCUCUUUGUCCCCUUAUCAAUCGAUGGUAUUCAUUAAUCACUAAAGUACCGAGGGAGAAGGGAAAACCAUCAGACACUGCUUUGGCCCUCAAGGUCCAGGAGGACUGAGGAUACUGUACCAUAUUUAACCCUGUGUUAUCUCUCUCUCGCCGUUCAGGCUCCAUUAUGCCUUCAAAGACACUCGCUAUAUCUACAUGAUUAUGGAGUUCUGUGUAGGAGGGGAGAUCUGGACAAAGCUCAAAGAAGUGUGAGGAAACAUGGCUGACUAAGUCUACCUUUAAGUGAUAAUGCCCAAGAAGCCGUUGUUUUGGAGGAUAUAUCGGCAUGGGUGUUGUUAACCGUGCCAAUAUAUCCUCCAAACACUGGCUUCAAGGGCACUAUCCCUUUUAUACAAUGGGUUAGCAACAUGUUCAAACAAUGAUUGACAUAUUUUCAUUAAAAACUUUAAUUUGUUGAAUUUAUUCAUACUAUUUUAUCCUUCCACAAGAAGGUGUCCCGACACAAAUCUAGGGUUGCUACCCAAACCAGCUGGUCGUUCGUUCUAUCGGUUCGGUUGCCAGAGAUGCGAGCCAGUAGUUCAGUCUUUUUGUUCUAUAUCUAUGGACGCGACCCAGUCAUUCGUUCGAAAUGUUCCAUUGCCGUACUGGCUGGCAAUGUUCUUAUCCCUUGCUUGCUAGCUGGUCAACAACGGCUAACUUACAGUCACGUCAAACAGUGCAGCCACAAUAUCAACAGCAGCUGGCUUUGCAUUUGUUUAAGCGGUUUUCUAGUGACAUUUAUUUGGAUACAUCCAUAACAAUGAGUUAAUGAUGCGCGAUUUCGCCUGGCAUAGAAAAUGUGCUCUCUUGUCAGGACACUGUUGUUCAGACGAGCUAGCCAACAACAAAGCUAACACAAUCACUUCAAACUGAAGCUGGAAAUAAUAAUAAUAAUAAUAAUAAUAUGCCAUUUAGCAGACGCUUUUAUCCAAAGCGACUUACAGUCAUGCGUGCAUACAUUUUUAUGUAUGGGUGGUCCCGGGGAUCGAACCCACUACCUUGGCGUUACAAGCGCCGUGCUCUACCAGCUGAGCUACAGAGGACCAAACUAGCUGCACAUAGUUUCAAUUGAUAUUUUUUCAAUUGACAUUUCUUUGUAUACAUCCAUAAAAAUAAUGCCAGCUGAUUCAUGAUUUCGACUGGCUGAGAAACGCUGCCUGCCUGUCUGUCUCGUCCCAACUCCCGCUACGUUCAUUACUAUGGGACACCUGGAGAUUGAAUUUGAAUAUUGAAACAAUGUUGCAAAUGUCGGAGAGACAGACAGCAAGGUUUAUACAAAUCUCCGCUGUUGAAAACUAACUGUUAGUCUAAAAGAAAUGUGAGAUAAUGUCUAGAUGCUUUUUAUAGUGGAAAUCAAGUUUAUAAAUUGCCUGGCUGGGCUGAUGAGACAGUGGAUUGCGCAGUCAGAUGGAACAGAGUAAAUAGGCAUUUUAACGUCAUAGAUUUAGCCGGUGGUAACUUGUGGAAUAGACACAGGCUGGAAUGCGGUUUUAACCAAUCAGCAUUCAGGAUUAGAACCACCCAUUGUAUAAAUUCAGAUAUACACAACUGAGGUUGAAGAUUUUUCAAGACAUUUAAUUAAGAUCAAAACUAUUUUAUCUGCUCUGUCUCUGUGUUUGGCAGUGGUCACUUCGAUGAGCCCAUUGCUGUGUUCUGCACUGCCUGUGUAGUAGAGGCCUAUGCCUACCUCCAUAAGAAGGGCAUCAUGUACAGAGACCUCAAGCCUGAGAAUCUGAUGCUGGAUGCCAAGGGCUACGUCAAACUGGUGGGUGGUACGUUAAUAAUAACAUUAGCGAUGCUAAAGAGUUCAUGCAUUCAGAUAACUCUCUGUGUGUUUAUUUGUGCAUGUUUGAAUGUGUGUGUUUUUACAUGUAGGUAGACUUUGGUUUUGCUAAGGAGUUAGUGCACGGUAAUAAGACCUACUCAUUCUGUGGUACUCCUGAGUACAUGGCCCCAGAGAUCAUCCAGAACCAGGGACACGACUUCGCUGCUGACUUCUGGUCCCUGGGCAUCCUGGUCUAUGAGCUGCUGGUGGGGAGGUACUGUACAGAUCAGCACGGAAAGGGUUAAAGCAGCUUGAUAUUUCAGUAAACAAUUGUUUAUUUCAGUAAAGGAUUAUCUAAAAUACUGUUUUACCAACGGACUGUUUUGCCUUUCAGCCCUCCAUUUUCCAGUUCCGAGCCCGCGAAGAUCUACCCUAAAAUUUUGGAUGGGUUGCUCAAGUUCCCCCCUUACAUGGGCGAGGGGGCCAAGUCUCUCAUCAGUAAACUGUGCAGGUUAGAGAUGAUGUGUUAGGUGCAGGAUAUAGUUUGAUGUUAUAACUCUUUUUCAUACGUGUUUUGAUUGGUUAUUGAUGGUUUGUGUUGUGUUGUGGCCCACAGACCUCGGCCGGGUCAGAGGCUGGGAAACACCAAGAAUGGGAUCAAAGAUGUCCGCAAUCACAGGUAACCAUGAGGACCCAACUGUCCGGUGUGUGUUUGUUGGUGUUGGAACUGUUGCAAAUGUUGUACUAUACACUGUACAGUAAAUAUUUCUGUCAGUCACCUUUCUUUUGUGAGGAUUCAUCCCCCUCUCCUGUAUUCCCCUCCAGGUGGUUUAGUAGUAUGAACUGGCAGAAGCUUCGUGUGGGCCAGGUGGAGGCUCCUACAAUCAGACUCAUACGCAAGGUCAGUCUAGCCUCAGCACACAGCUUUGUUUUGUUAUCUUUGUGAAGCUCAAGCAGGUAACUCUUUAAAUUUAAGGUAUACUUCAAAGGAUUUAUAAAUGGUUUGAUAAGUAUUUUACAAAUGGUCAAUUAUUAGUUUAUAUGUAAAGAUCAAGUACAAAUUCAGGGUACGGAUUGAGUUGUAAGUAGUUGCCAUUUAGUCACUGUGUCAUAUCCAGUGUCAACGUCAUUCCCAGACAACCACUGAUCUGAUCUCUUCCCAUCCCUUUUUCCUCCAGGGUCCAUGCUACAUCAACUUUGACCGCUUCCCCUUCGACCAGACUAAGGCCGAUGAGGAGUUCUCUGGCUGGGACAAAAACUUCUGACUCCAACCAGAACCAGAUCCUGAACCUGAACCAGUCCUAGAGGGUCAGAGUUCAGAGGUUACACCGGGGCUCACUGAUAGGUGGAUCCAGACCAGAUUACUUCUUGGUGACCUCGAUGUUCUCGUUACCUUCUAGACUCUGAAAGACCAACGCACCGUAGGGGCAGGAAUGGGACUAUGCCCAGAGCGAUAGAUACACAUGGAUAGGUUCUGACUACUUUGUACUAAGGCUCUAAUUUCACUAUGCUGGUUUCACAGAACCUUCUGGUGGCUGCUCUGUAACUUUAAUAAGGUGAGAGAUACUGUACAACACUGAGAGGCAUGAAGUAAAACAUGUGAAUAUGAACAGCCACUCCUGCAUACACACCUUCUGAUCUUUGUGGAUGCCAUCUUAACUUGGCACGUGCUCACUGAAAGCUGUAUGUGUGUGUUGUGCCCAAAAGAAAGUAUAAUAUAAAACGGCUGGAUGGAAUGUCUCAUGCUGGACAAAGUGAAUGAUUUUACCUUUGACCCUCAUUGUACUGUGUAACUCAGGAUGGCAUUAUCAUUGCUUUUAUUGUGUUAGUGUCUAUGCCUUGUAGCAUAUAAUGUCUGUAUAGAAUACUAAAUGUAUGUGUUUCACUUUCAAAUAAAUAUAUAUGGCACCUAAUGAACCCUAAAUAUACAUAGAGAACAGAUGUUGUAGUACAACAAGUCAACACUAGGGGGCAGAGGCUGAAAAGGAAUGAACACUGUCUGUUCUCAGCACAGCACAGUGAGUUUCCAAUGUCUGUUCUCAGAGUCCUAUAAUGUACAGUACCAGUCAAAAGUUUGGACACAC